AUAAGAACCUUGUUCUUUAAUGGCUGUGUUCUCUGAACUAAGAUUUGGCCUGAAUCUAUUGAUUUAUGAGGUGUUUAUCACUAAUUCUAUCCAUCUGUUUGUCUACUUGUUAUAGGGAUACAACAAUUGGCAUCAGAGUCGUUCUAUCCAUUAAAAAUCAGUCAAAUUUUCUUCUGUCAUGGAUCAAAAACUAAAAGCAGCUUUAGAGGCGUUAUCAACAGAUCUAACUGCUAAGCUUGCUUCCUCUGCAAACACUUUCGACAUCUUUCAAGAAUAUAAUCGCAACUUCAGUAAUACCUUGGAUGAAAUUUUUCCCACACUUUCGCCUCUACAAAGUCAAACGUGGUCGAUUCAAUUCCUUCUACUGUCAUUAAAGUAGGUGAUUCUCCCGAUUUCUAGUUGCUUUCUUCUGAUGUCGAUGAAGAAGAAGGUUCUCUCAAUUUAGGGUUAAUUCCCUCAUUUUUGUUUCAUGAGAAGAAUGAUAUGUCUGCUGGUGAGAGUUUACAGUAUGAGAAAGUGGUGAAAACUGAUGUUAUUGAAGUCAUUCGGUCAAAUGAAUUCGGAAUCGGGGAAGUGAAUCAGUUCAUAAACAAUGGCGUGAAUGAAUUCCUUCUACUGUCAAAGCCUCUGCAACCACUUUCUCCAUCUAUUUCUGAUGAAAAAGCCUCUACAAAGUCAAACAUGGUCGAUUCAAUUCCUUCUACUGUCAUUGAAGUAGGUGAUUCUCCCGAUUUCGAGUUGCUUUCUUCUGAUGUCGAUGAAGAAGAAGGUUCUCUCAAUUUAGGGUUAAUUCCAUCACUUUUGUUUCAUAAGAAGAAUGAUAUGUCUGCUUGUGAGAGUUUACAGUAUGAGAAAGUGGUGAAAACUGAUGUUAUUAAAGUCAUUGGGUCAAAUGAAUUCAGAAUAUGGAAAGUGAAUCAGUUCAUAAACAAUGGCGUGAAUGAAUUCCUUGUGAGAAAUUGCGUUCAAAUUUUUUCGGAGACCCAUCAAAAUGUUGGAUGUUUGACCGAGUUGCUCUUUCUUCAUAGCAAAAUCCUUGAUUGUAUCGGAUGGUGGAGUUUGAAUGGGCAAGAAGACGAUAUAUUGCUGUCUAUUUCUGUGAAAAAAUUUCAUGUAGAAUUGCUCGUGAUUUUAGUUGCUAGCCAAGGUGAUGUGCACCAGGUUUUAAUGAAGAAGUUUCAAAUUCUUUCGUUGCUUACAUUAUCACUUCACCCUAGUGAUACAACUCAAAUUUUUCUCUUCAGCACUUGUUAUUGGUGGGGUUGGGUAUAUCAAGCAAGGGCAGCUUAUACAUGCACCAGAAAGUUUUUAAGGAGGUUGAGAGCUCAUCUCCUUCUCAUGGGAAUUCAAAUUCUUCAUGGGUGGCUGGCUGUAGUAUCCUUGCAGUGGGAAUCCAGUUUCUUUCCUAUGGGUUUCUGGAUUACAAACAGUUGGUGCAGAUGUCAUUCUUUCACAUCCCCAACUUAGUUCACCUCCUACUACCAGGGUCCUUUAUGGUGAGUUAUCGAAGAGAAAGGAAUUAUUGCAGUUUGCAAGCAGAUUGAGCAUUCAGAUCUUGCUCUUGGUACAUCAUAUUCUUCAUGUGAGACUGUUACUGGAGUAUUGGAGGUAGAAGUUUAAAUUGGUUCCACCUGAUUUGUGGAGUCUGAGAAAUGCUAGCUGGAUUGAUAACAUUUUAUCUUGGUUGUGUGCUUUGAUGAAAACGGAAAUUAUAGACACAACCUGUUCUACAAAGCUGAGGUCCAUCAUCAAUUUGCAAGUGGAUCAUCUUACAUUACGUUUUGCAAGGCUGCUAAGGCACUUGAUCUGUUUGUUAACAUUCAACUUGGGCCUGCAACCAAGUGUGUUAUUAUUAUUCAGUUUUUGACCCAGGAACUGUUUGCUGACUUGGUUGGGAAUAUAGUGUGGAUACGAAAUUAUGGUAAUGCUGAUAGUCUCUUGCAGCUUCCACUUGGUUUACAUACUACUUCACAAGAGUCCUACAACACUAUUCAAGCUCUUAUUAGACAACCAGGAUGUCGCCAAGUGAAGGCUCCUAUGUACUCAACCGGGAAGAAUCAGGACUCGACAUAUUCUCCUAUACCGUUUUUGCUCACUGUGCUUCCACAUGGCUCGAAUGUAGCAAAUAUGGUUGGAAUUCAAGUCUUGCUCGUGGUACUUAAGAUUCUACACUAGUUGGUAAGGGUAGAUUACUUAAGAUGGAAAUUCAGAUUUCACUACCAACUAUGGUGUCUGGGGUUUCAAACAGUGAAAGGUUUUAUCCAGUUGGAGUUUGAUAAAUGGACAAUGGUUUCUUUGCGGGAGAGAUACACAGUAAACUGGGAUGUUUUGCUCAUCAAUUGCAUACUUGUGGGAGUGUCUACUCAAGUAUAUACUGAAGUGUUUGAGCAUCAUAAGUUUUACUUCGAUCCUACAGCCAAAUAUUUAAUUCAUUGUCAACUUAUGCGAGAUAAUGGCAGAGAAGGAGAGGGUGAAACUAACAAAAACUUACAAGCAGCCCACCUUGUUGUCAGAGGGGUAAUUGUGUAGCACAGCAAAGUAUGCCAGCAUACUAAUCUGGGGUCAAUUGAAAAUUUCAGUCCAUCAGCUAUUAUAUUUGCAAUAAUACUUGCAUCACCCUUCGAACAACUAGCUUCCCAGCUCAAGAAGUUAUUCGUGGAGAGCCGCGGACAGAUUGCAACGUCCAGUGGUUAGACACCAGGGCCCAUGCUUGAUAGAGUCGUUUUCCUAAUGUUACUUAUCUAUCAAUAUGAUAAUACUGAUGAUAAAGCACAUGUUCACUCGGCGGAAUGGCGUACAAGAAUGGCAUCUCAAAUCCUGCUCAAGGUAACCCUGUGGAUUAAUUUCUAGGGCGGACUUGAGAGUCAUAUAAUCACAGGACGGUUCUUUUUACAAUCAUCCUUGAGGACAAGGAUGUUCUCAAGGGGGGUGGAAUGUUGUAUACUUAUAUAUGAGAAAGAUUGUCCUUAUCAUGUUAGCUGUCAGUCUUGAGUAGUGGUUGUUGUUAGUAGUAUUUAACUUAGGAAUGAGUGCCUUUAUCUAUGUAAGGGAGGGUUAGAUGAGAACCAUUUGGCUCAGUCUUGUCCGUUGGAUUAUUUUGGAAACUUAGCCUUAUAAAGUUUGAGUCAGUCUGUAUUGCAACCUAAUCGAUUAUCAAAUAAGAACCUUGUUCUUUAAUGGUUGUGUUCUCUGAACUCAGAUUUGGCCUGAAUCUAUUGAUUUAGGAGGUGUUUAUCACCAAUUCUAUCCACCUGUUUGUCUACUUGUCGUAGGGAUACAACAAUUGGCAUCAGAGUCGUUCUAUCCAUUCAAAAUCAGUCAAUUUUUUUUUUAUCAUGGAUUGAAAACUAAAAGCAGCUUUAGAGGCGUCAUCAACAGAUCUAACUGCUAAGCUUGCUUCCUCUGCAACCACUUUCGACAUCUUUCAAGAAUAUAAUCGCAACUUCAGUAAUACGUUGGAUGAAAUUUUUCCCACCCUUUUUCCAUCUAUUUCUGAUGAAAAAGCCUCUACAAAGUCAAACAUGGUCGAUUCAAUUCCUUCUACUGUCAUUGAAGUAGGUGAAUCUCCCGAUUUCGAGUUGCUUUCUUCUGAUGUCGACGAAGAAGAAGGUUCUCUCAAUUUAGGGUUAAUUCCAUCACUUUUGUUUCAUAAGAAGAAUGAUAUGUCUGCUGGUGAGAGUUUACAGUAUGAGAAACCGGUGAAAACUGAUUUAAUUGAAAUCAUUCGGUCAAAUGAAUUCAGAAUCGGGGAAGUGAAUCAGUUCAUAAACAAUGGCGUGAAUGAAUUCCUUGUGAGAAAUUGCAUUCAAAUUUUUUCAGAGACCCAUCACAAUGUUGGAUGUUUGACCGAGUUGCUCUUUCUUCAUAGCAAAAUCCUUGGUAUGGCUUGUUUUCACAUUGAACUUCAUGAUUCUCGUUCGUUAUUUGAUCGUGGUAAAUGUGUUGAUAAAUUGGCUCUCCGAUUACUUCUUAGUUUUGGGUAUGAAUUAGAUUUUUCAUCUAUACAAUCAAUUCAUUUUUUACAUGUUAAUGAUGCUGAAGUUUAUGCUGAGAGGAAGUUGUUUGUUAAAAUGCCAGAUAUAAUUAGAAUUUUUCACUUGUUUUGGCAUGGAAGGUUAAACAUGGGAAGGCACAGGAAAUGCUUGCUAUUGUGGCUGAGAAAACUGCUAUUUUGAUAUUCACGGUGGUUAAGUCAGCUACCAAUGGAAUCGCACAAGAAAUGAUUGGUAACAUGCUUGAUAAUAAUUUGUGGAGUAUUACUGAUGGUAGUGCUCAUUUUUAUGAAUUACCUACGGAAGAGUUUUCUAAGUCUGUCAUUUAUGGUGAUUGUUCUUUGCUUGAUGCUCAAUAUGAAUAUCCAGAUUGUAUCGGAUGGUGGAGUUUGAAUGGGAAAGAAGACGAUAUACUGCUGUCUAUUUCUGUGAAAAAAUUUCAUGUAGAAUUGCUCGUGAUUUUAGUUGCUAGCCAAGGUGAUGUGCACCAGGUUUUAAUUAAGAAGUUUCAAAUUCUUUCGUUGCUUACAUUAUCACUUCACCCUAGUGAUAUAGCUCAAAUUUUUCUCUUCAGCACUUGUUAUUGGUGGGGUUGGGUAUAUCAAGCAAGGGAAGCUUAUAUAUGCACCAGAAAGUUUUUAAGGAGGUUGAGAGCUCAGCUCCUUCUCAUGGGAAUUCAAAUUCUUCAUGGGUGGCUGGCUGUAGUAUCCUUGCAGUGGGAAUCCAGUUUAUUUCUUAUGGGUUUCUGGAGUACAACAGUUGGUGCAGAUGUCAUUAUUUCACACCCAAACUUAGUUCACCUCCUACUACCAGGGUCUUUUAUGGUGAGUUGUCGAAGAGAAAGGAAUUAUUGCAGUUUGUAAGCAGAUUGAGCAUUCAGAUCUUGCUCUUGGUACAUCAUACUCUUCAUGUGAGACUGUUACUGGAGUAUUGGAGGUAGAAGUUUAAAUUGGUUCCACCUGAUUUGUGGAGUCUGAGAAAUGCUAGCUGGAUUGAUAACAAUUUUAUCUUGGUUGUGUUCUUUGACGAAAACGGAAAUUAUAAACGCAACCUAUUCUACAAAGUUGAGGUCCAUCAUCAAUUUGCAAGUGGAUCAUCUUGCAUUAUAUUUUGAAAGACUGCUAAGGCACUUGAUCUAUUUGUUAACAUUCAACUUGGGCCUGCAACCAAGUGUGUUACUGUUAUUCAGUUUUUGACCCAGGAACUGUUUGCUGACUUGGUUGGGAAUAUAGUGUGGAUACGGAAUUAUGGUAAUGCUGAUAGUCUCUUGCAGCUUCCACUUGGUUUACAUACUACUUCACAAGAGUCCUACAAAACUAUUCAAGCUCUUAUUAGACAACCAGGAUGUCGCCAAGUGAAGGCUCCUAUGUACUCAACCGGGAAGAAUCAGGACUCGACAUAUUCUCCUAUACCGUUUUUGCUCACUGUGCUUCCACAUGGCUCGAAUGUAGCAAAUAUGGUUGGAAUUCAAGUCUUGCUCGUGGUACUUAACAUUCUACACAAGUUGGUAAGGGUGGAUUACUUAAGAUGGAAAUUCAGAUUUCACUACCAACUAUGGUGUCUGGGGUUUCAAACAGUGAAAGGUUUUAUCCAGUAGGAGUUUGAUAAAUGGACGAUGGUUUCUUUGCGAGAAAGAUACACAGUAAACUGGGAUGUUUUGCUCAUCAAUUGCAUACUUGUGGGAGUGUCUACUCAAGUAUAUACUGAAGUGUUUGAGCAUCAUAAGUUUUAUUUCGAUCAUACAGCCAAAUAUUUGAUUCAUUGUCAACUUAUGCGAGAUAAUGGCAGAGGAGGAGAGGGUGCAACUAACAAAAACUUACAAGCAGCCCACCUUGUUGUCAGAGGGGUAAUUGUGUAGCACAGCAAAGUGUUUCAGCAUACUAAUCUGGGGUCAAUUGAAAAUUUCAGGCCAUCAGCUGUUAUAUUUGCAAUAAUACUUGCAUCACCCUUCGAACAACUAGCUUCCCAGCUCAAGAAGUUACUUGUGGAGAGCCGCGGACAGAUUGCAACGUCCGGUGGUUAGACACCAGGGCCCAUGAUUGAUAGAGUCAUUUUCCUAAUGUUACUUAUCUAUCAAGAUUAUAAUACUGAUGAUAAAGCACUUGUUCACUCGGCGGAAUGGCGUACAAGAAUGGCAUCUCAAAUCCUGCUCAAGGUAACCAUGUGGAUUAAUAUCUAGGGAGGACUUGAGAGUCAUAUGAUCACAGGACGGUUCUUUUUACACUCAUCCUUGAGGACAAGGAUGUUUUCAAGGGGGGUGGAAUGUUGUAUACUUAUAUAUGAGAAAGAGUGCCCUUAUCAUGCUAAUUGUCAGUCUUGAGUAGUAGUUUUUGUUAGUAGUAUUUAACUUAGGAAUUAGUGCCUUUAUCUAUGUAAGGGAGGGUUAGAUGAGAACCAUUUGGCUCAGUCUUGGCCGUUGGAUUAGUUUGGAAACUUAGCCUUAUAAAGUCUGAGUCAAUCUGUAUUGCAACCUAAUCGAUUAUCAAUUAUCAUUUAAGAACCUUGUUCUUUAAUGGUUGUGUUCUCUGAACUCAGAUUUGGCCUGAAUCUUUUGAUUUAGGAGGUGUUUAUCACCAAUUCUAUCCAUCUGUUUGUCUACUUGUUGCAGGGAUACAACAAUUGGCAUCAGAGUCGUUCUAUCCAUUCAAAAUCAGUCAAUUUUUUUUUAUCAUGGAUCAAAAACUAAAAGCAUCUUUAGAGGCGUCAUCAACAGAUCUAACUGCUAAGCUUGCUUCCUCUGCAAACACUUUCGACAUCUUUCAAGAAUAUAAUCGCAACUUCAAUAAUACCUUGGAUGAAUUUUUUCCCACCCUUUCUCAAUCUA